AGUUGGAUUUGCGGUUGCUCUAAUAUUUGCUAUCAGUUUUGCAAUCAGCAUAUACAAAAUAAGAGCAAUUACAUUGAGAAAAAGACGAAAAGAAUUGAUGCGCCUACCAAGUAUUCCAAAAUCAAAGGACUCUCCAUACGAAAAGAAUUUAACAUAUCCAGAAAGUCCGUAUUCCGAUCCCGAUUAUGAAAUCGUAGAGGAACAAGAUGAGGGUUACGAACAUUUGCCCGGACCCGGAGAAAAUACUAUACCUCUAACAGACGAAGAUGGACCAUAUAUAGAUCCUGACAAUGUAGACGGAACAUAUUUAGAUGUAGUGCAUAACGAAAAAGAACCUAAUGAUUACAUUAACGUUUCUCCUUACGUUGAUUUAGUAGAUGAUACAAUAGACGAUUCUUUUAGAUCAGAGGCUGUGGAAAUUUUACAAUCAGAAAAUGCCGCUGCAAUAAACUUACCUGAGAAAAUAGAAGUGGAAAAAAAUAAAGAGUUAUACGAGGAUUUUCCACCAUGAAUGUGCUACCAAACCAAAUGAUAAUUUCGGAAAGUUUAUUAAUACAUUAUAUGCAUUCAUUUGUCGGCCAGUUAUUCAUACAAUAUUUUCUAUACAACAAUA